AUGACUUACGACAAAGUUGCAAACGCAGCGACACCGUUUGCGCUCUCUGGCCAAGCAAAUGACAACUCUCAGAUUCUUCCUCGAUGCGAGAUCAAUUGUGACAUGGGAGAAGGCUUCGGUCCGUGGAAAAUGGGUCCUGAUGCAGAGCUCAUGCCUCUUAUCGACACUGCCAACAUAGCUUGCGGGGGCCAUGCUGGAGAUCCCAGAAUCAUGAGGGAAACCAUCCAGCUCGCCAAAAAGCACGGCGUUCGAGUUGGAGCCCAUCCAGGUUUACCUGACAAGGUUGGAUUUGGCCGGAGACAAUGGGCGCUCUCGCCUCAGGACGUAUACGACUUGGUGUUGUACCAAGUCGGAGCCUUGAAGGCAUUCUUAGAUGCGGAAGGUAUGCCAUUACUGUACAUUAAGCCACAUGGCGAGUUGUUCUUUUACGUUGAGAGAGAUGAAGAGAUCAUGCAUGCGGUGUUAGACGCAGCAAAGGUGUUUGGCGUUCCAGUGAUGGCCGGUAAGAGUGUCAGGUAUGAGCAAGUGGCCAAGAAAGAGGGUGUGCAAUUCAUACAAGAGUUCUACCCAGACCUCAAUUACAAUUCCGAAGGUAAGCUCGUCAAGAUAUUUGCUGGUCCCAAAAGCGCACGUACGCCGGAAACAAUCAUGAACGCGGUGUUACAGGCUGGCUUCGCUGAUCAAACGGUAGACACCGAGGACAAGCCUAUGAAUCUCAACUUUGGGGGUGCUCCAUUCACCGUGUGCUUGCAUCUGGACAUGCCCACUGCUCUUGAGAAUGCACGCAAAACCAGGGCUGCCAUCGACGAGAUCAAUGCUGCAAGGGGGUAUGCCGCCAAGUAG